AUAAAAUACAAACAAGAUCUAUAAAUCUCCAUAUAAAUACAGCAUGAAGGUCAUCUAAAAUACUUGAUACUUUGCACUCAAAGAAGAGGACCAGAAAGCAUUUACAAAAUUUUCAUUGUCUGCUGUAAAUAUGGAUACAACAGAACAGAAGACUGGGGCGAACAUAAGGGAAAAUAGUCAUAUCCCAGCAAUGACUAUAAUGCUAUGGAACCAUUUCCAAGAACAGCCUGGGAUGUUACAUGAAGUGUUCAAAAAUGGGUAUUAUCCCGGCGGAGAAAGCAGCAAACAAAUUCUAGAUAUAACUGGUGGUUUGGAGAAUGAUGCAUUAGCAAUGUUUGAUGUACACAGUUUGGAUGAUUUCAAUCAUACUGCAUAUGAUAUUCAAAACAAACUAUUGCUAUUUCGAACCAAAAUCAAGCAUGAAAGAGUAAUUAAGGUGAGUGAUAAACAUUUCAACAGGGAAUGGUGGAAAGAUGAAUUUGCCGUUCUAGUGAAUACAUUAAGUGAGGAAAUUCGUGACCAGUUAGUGUCAAGACUACAACAAGCAAGAGAAGAUUUUCAAAAAGGCAAAAAAUUCUGCCUGCAGCUUGAUUUUAGCCAAGGGUUAGAGUCUUGGUAUGCUGAUGUAUGUGAAGAAGCCACUCCUUUUAUCAGACAAUGGUGGCAUACUCGAAAUGACGACCGUAAUUACGGAGAAGAUUCUAUCAAGAAUUUAAGCGUAUUUAUUUUGAACUGGUCCAAACCGGUAAAGUGUUUCCUGUCAAAAUGGAUGAUUUUCUGCUGCUUCCCUUGUUGGUUGUUAUCAGGAGGUUGCUGUUACUAUAUUCACAGAAAAAGUCAGGUAGAUGACAUGAAAGACAAAUUUAAGUUAUCAGUGGCAUUUCGAUUUGUGAGUCACUUGCCACAACAAGAAGAUACGCCAUGUUGCCAUUUUGGGAAGAUUUACCACCUCCCUCUUGACAGCAUAAGAUAUAAAACCUAUCUGUAAUAUUUAGUAAUUGGUAGCUGCGUGUACAAAGGAGGAAACUUUAAUCAGUCCGGGCUUCAUUUUUAUCCAGCUUUGAAUACCAUAUGAGUCUAUGAGUCGGUUUCACAAAAAAACUUUCGACGAAGAUUGAUCGUAAGUUAUCUUCAAAGAUCAUUAGAUACUGAUCCUUACAUAUUAAUUGUUUGUCACCCAUAUUAACUUUCUCUUCCAUGCAUACAAUAACAAUUCAGUGUUUAAUUAUCAUUUCAUUGUCAUAACGAAAAUCAUUGUAAUCAAUGUAUGAAAUCAAAAACCCACAAAGGUCUAUAAUUGAUUAUUUAAGUGUUAUAAUAUAUUCUAUUCUAUCUUUCGGUAGAAUAUUUGUAAAAUAUAAUCAAAUAUGUACAUCUGAACAAAUGGUCGAUUAGGAGUUGAUUUUUUUCUCAAGCAAUGGUUGGCGUAUAUAUAAAAUUUAGUCCUGGUAUCUAUGAUGAGCUUAUUUAUUUGACAUGUGUGAUUAAUCCGGUUUUUUUUAUCAAUAUAAUUAUGCUUAA